CGUUUUAAUCGUCGGUUCGCCUAAUUUAUACGCCCCGUUCUCCUUUAUAAACAACCGGUUGCGGAACCGGAAGGCACAGAUAUUUCCCGAGGUCAAGUCGUACCGUGUUGCCUUUCUCCUCCUUCCGCCGGCCGUCCGCAGUUCGCACCACCAAAUAAGCUCACACAUCAAUACAAAUAAAUCGAGCCUCGAUCUGUUUGGGGCCAAUCAAACCCAACAGCCAAGUUUCAUGUCUGAUCUCGACGUCCAGCUUCCAUCUGCUUUCGAUCCGUUUGCUGAGGCAAAUGCUGAGGACUCCAGUGCUGGUGCUGGAUCAAAGGACUAUGUGCAUGUGCGUGUACAGCAGCGCAACGGAAGAAAGAGUCUGACUACUGUCCAGGGCUUGAAGAAAGAAUACAGCUACAACAAGAUUCUAAAGGAUCUCAAAAAGGAAUUCUGCUGUAAUGGUACAGUAGUUCAGGAUUCAGAAUUAGGCCAGGUCAUUCAACUCCAAGGUGAUCAGCGGAAAAAUGUUGCUACUUUCCUAGUUCAGGCUGGACUUGCGAAGAAAGAGAGCAUCAAGAUUCACGGAUUCUAGGCAACACAGAAAUGCCAGUGUGCUGUCUCUGAAUCCUGGAAUUUUAUCAUAAUCUGGUACUGUUAUAUCAAGACGUUCGGAUCAGUAGUGGUGGGAGGCAUCUGUGUGGUUGAUGCAUUCUUGCCUAGACAUUUGAAUUGGUAUUGCUGUGUUGAUGCAAGUUUUUCUUGCUAUAUGGUUUGUAUGCGCUAUCGGUGCAAAAGUAUGGUCUACCUAUGUUAUUGUGUACUAAAUAAAUGUACUUCUGGCUUGUCUACCUUGAGUCAUAAUCAUUUGCUUCUCAUGUGUUC